GAAAACUCACACCAAUAAGUCGCGCGAGCAAAUCGCGGCGCUGAAUAAUGGUGAACGCCGCGGCGGUGGUGUACGUCUUCCUUGGCGAUGCGGAGAAGGCGGUCACCAUGGAGGACAUCAAAGAGUGGUUGCAAAUCAUCGACGAUGUGGUCGAAAUUAAACUCCAGUACGACGCCGCUGCGAAGCGCACGUGCUACUCGGUGGAGUUCCGCAAACACACAUCGGCGCAGCAGGCGGUUCAGUACUUGGACGGGGCCCGCUUUAAAAACUGCGUUGUGAGCAUUCGGUCACGCGUUUUUGCUGCCGUGGAGGCGGACGCUCCACACGCGGCUUAUGCAUCUGCCAAUGACGCGCAAGUGGCGUCAUCGUCGGCUGUGUUGAACAGUGUUUCGUCUUCUUCCCUGACCCGCAAGCGCUGCCGAGAGACGGGGGAACUGCCGUGUAAUCACCUUCUCCCUGCUGAUCUUCAGAUGGACCAGCUCUUGGUAGAGCAGCUGUCCGACGCGAGCACGACAGAGGGGUCUGAGGAGGUGGCGGCUCACUGGAGAAAUCUGAAGACGCUACAAGAGGAAUUAACGAUGACGUAUAGCGACUUGCGCACGGCGCAGGAGGAUCUCACCGCGGCGGAUGCGCGGCUGGCGAAGCUGCUGCAUGUCCAUCCGAGUGUGGCCAACGACGACGCGACGAAGGCCAACCACGUCUCUGCCGGCGCGAAGGCUGCGCCCUACCCGUUGGCGGCACGCCGCUGCGUCAGUCACCAGCGCGGCAUUUUGACCGACGCCCACACCCCCAACAGCGUGGUGUCCUUCGUGACCUCCUCCUUCGGUCCCAUCUCUUUUUGCUCCGUCACCGCCACUCCGCGAGAGUUCUUUCUCGUGCUGAAGUUUGUCUUUCUGGCGGACGAGGAACGCUUCCUCGCCGCUGCAGCUACUGGCGGCAGCGUAAACAACCAAGGGCUGUCCGCGAGGUCGGAGAAGGAAAGAGCUCUUCUUCGCCUCCUGUGGGCGAGCAUUGACUUUACGCUGACACCGCGAGACUUUGCGGCUCUCUCUCCCGCAGAGGCAAACCGUCAGCAAGCCGUGCGGCAACUCCUGAGCUGA